GCAGUCGGGGCUGGGCUUGGCCGUAAAUAAAUCAAUCAUUGCUUCUUUCCAAGAGGAGGACCAGAUCCUAUAUAAAAGUUCUCCCACACCACGUUCCCUCAGUCCCGUUGACUCCUUUCCACUGGUUCGUGCCGUGGGACACGGACUCCCAUCACACAGACCAUGGGCUCCCACCAGCAGAAGGGCGAUGGCCAAGGGAUGUCCGAGCAGUCCGGAGGGUGCCACGGCGGCGGCGGCGGCUGCGGCUGCUGCUGCCAUCACGGAGGAGGUGGAGGAGGAGGAGGAUGCCACAGCAGCGGUGGAGGAGGAUACCAGAGCCAGGGAUCGUCCUGCCACGGAGGAGGAGGAGGAGGAGGCGGCUGCUGCGGUGGCGGCGGUGGCAGCGGUGGCGGUGGUGGGAUCAUUUAUCAGACUCACAUGCCAUUAACCUCCUGUGGAGGUGGAGGAGGAGGUGGAGGAGGAGGAGGCGGCCAGCAGAGCCAAGGAUCCAUCUGCAUUAUUGGAGGAGGAGGAGGAGGUGGAGGGGGCUCUGGGCAACAAAGCCAAGGUCCCAUCAUUAUUGGAGGGGGUGGAGGUGGCGGAGGAGGGGGUUCUGACCACCAGAGCCAUGUACCCAUCUGCAUCGGAGGGGGAGGAGGAGGAGGAGGAGGUGGGGGUGGUGGCCAGCAAAGCCAAGGUCCCAUCUGCAUAGGUGGAGGAGGCGGUGGUGGUGGUGGAGGUGGUGGUCAGCAAAGCCAAGGUCCCAUCUGCAUAGAUGGAGGAGGUGGUGGUGGAGGUGGAGGCUCAGGCCAGCAGGGCAAAGGUAUCAUCAUUAUUGAAGGUGGCGGUGGUGGUGGUGGAGGUGGAGGUGGCGGUGGGCACCAGGGCCAAGGUCCCAUCUGCAUUGGAGGGGGAGGAGGAGGAGGUGGUGGUGGUGGUGGACAACAAAGCCAAGGUCCCAUUGUGAUUAGUGGAGGAGGUGGUGGUGGAGGAGGCUCAGGGCAGCAAAGCCAAGGUCCCAUCUGCAUUGGUGGGGGUGGCAAGGGAGGAGGAGGAGGAGGAGGUGGUGGUGGUGGCUCACAGGGCCAAGGUCCCAUCAUCAUUAGUGGUGGUGGCGGUGGUGGCAAGGGAGGAGGAGGAGGAGGAGGAGGUGGAUGUGGUGGUGGUGGCUCACAGGGCCAAGGUCCCAUCAUCAUUAGUGGGGGUGGCGGUGGUGGCAAGGGAGGAGGAGGAGGAGGAGGAGGUGGUGGUGGUGGCUCACAGGGCCAAGGUCCCAUCAUCAUUAGUGGAGGAGGUGGUGGUGGCAAGGGAGGAGGAGGUGGAGGAGGAGGAGGAGGUGGAUGUGGUGGUGGUGGCUCACAGGGCCAAGGUCCCAUCAUCAUUAGUGGAGGAGUGGUGGUGGCGGUGGUGGCAAGGGAGGAGGAGGUGGAGGAGGUUCAGGGCAGCAGAGCCAAGGUCCCAUCUGCAUUGGAGGAGGAGGAGGAGGUGGUGGUGGUGGUGGUGGUGGUCAACAAAGCCAAGGUCCCAUCGUUAUUAGUGGCGGCGGUGGUGGUGGUGGUGGAGGUGGUGGCUCAAGCCACCAAGGCCAAGGUCCCAUCUGCAUUGGUGGGGGUGGCAUGGGAGGAGGAGGAGGAGGAGGAGGAGGUUCAGGCCACCAGGGCCAAGGUCCCAUCAUCAUUAGUGGUGGUGGUGGAGGAGGAGGAGGAGGUUCAGGGCACCAGGGUCAAGGUCCCAUCUGCAUUGGAGGUGGCAUGGGAGGAGGAGGAGGAGGAGGAGGUGGUGGCUCAGGCCACCAGGGCCAAGGUCCCAUCAUCAUUAGUGGUGGUGGAGGAGGAGGAGGCUCAGGGCAGCAAAGCCAAGGCCCCGUGUGCAUUGGGGGAGGCAGUGGAGGAGGAGGAGGAGGUGGAGGAGGCUCAGGCCACCAGGGCCAGGGUCCCGUCAUCAUCAUCGGGGGCGGUGGUGGAGGUGGAGGUGGAGGUGGCUCCUCCAGCUCUGGAGGAAUGUCCAUGCAGCAGCAGACCCAGCCCAUCUGCUGGCCACCACAGACCAAGCGCAAGUAGUGGCUGCCAGAAGGACUCUGCCACCAAGGAAGCCCAAGAAAUGAAGAUGCCUGACAUUUCCUCACCUAUUAAAUUUAAGAUUAUUUGCCUUGUUCUCUUCUCCCUUCCCCUGGGAAUGUUCUGA